AUGGUGCCUACGAUACGCUCCAGACUUCGGAAUAGUCUAUUUCGACGGCAGCCGACAGUCAUUUUAGCCGGCACACCUCGUGCGGCCGAUCCUCAUUUGCCAUCAUUCCCUCGGUUGGCCGAUGAGCGUGUCUUACACAUCAUCGAGAUCGUCCAUGACAGCAGUCCACAGGAUUUAUUCAAGGUUGCGCUGGUCUGCUCCGAUCUCUAUGUCAAGGCUCGAUGCCUCCAACACCACCUCCUCGCUCUUGACUUCCCCAGGCACACCAAGAUUACGCUGACAAGUCUCAUCUUCGAGAUUUAG